AUGACAGAAGACCUGUAUCUUAUAUCAUUAUUGACAGAAGGCGUGUAUCUUAUNUGUGAUAAUUGCAACAGCAAACUAUCUGUUAACAGUGUAUUAAAAAUUGACUAUUGCGAUUUGGACCAAACGUCCUCGGCCGUUCCGCCUGACCUCCUUAUUUUUGUUCUGUGUCAUUUCAAUGACGCGAAAUCGAGAGAGAUCAUACGACAAACAUGGGGAAGUGCACGAGAACAGCUGGCAGGGAACUUCAGAGUGGUGUUUGUGGUCGGGCAAGGGACGUCGGCUAAACUGUCAUCCGAGCACGCGUCUUACGGCGAUAUUUUACAGGUGGAUGUCCAGGAGAAAUACAGAAAGCUGACAGAAAAGGUGACAAGGGCCUUUCUCUGGUUUAACGAGCGAUGUCACAAUAUCAAAUAUGUGUUUAAAACGGAUACUGACGUUUUCAUAAAUGUACCUUUUAUAUUUCGAAUAAUUCAAAACCAUUCUUUGAAGAACAUAAUAGCUGGAAACUGUUUUCGAUCCUUUGAAAAACCAGACAGACGAAAUACUAGUAAAUGGUACGUUUCUGAGCGGGAGUACCCGGGAUCUCGUUACCCUCCCUAUUGUAGUGGGUCUGGGUAUCUAAUGGAGAGAGCCACGGCCUCCAAACUGUCAGGAGUGUUCAAGGAUACACCCAUGUUCCCCAUGGAAGAUGUGUAUAUGGGAUUCUGCGCACACAAAACAAAAGUUGAUGUGGUGAAAUUUUCAGGGUUCCAUUUAAGGAGCAUCGGUUAUGAUGAGUUUCUAUACUGCCACUGUACAGGUGUUGUACACAAAAUCAGUUCUGGCAAGCAACGAGAGAUAUGGAGGCGGCAUGAACGCUACUGCGCACACAGAUGGACUCAAUGGUCCGGGUACCCCAUCACCUGCCUUUUUAUGUUUUCACACUAUUUAAUUAUACUCCUGGCGGUCGUAACGUUCGUUAUUAUUUUAAUCGGAGCUGUGAUUUGUAGGAGAAGAUUAAAAUUUCGCAAGAAGUAACCUGAUAUGUGAUAUAUGUACCCGGAUGUUUUUACAUUUUGAUCUACUAUCUAUGUUUGUUGGUGCUACACGUUUCUCGUUUCUAUUACAUUGUAUUAUAUUUCAAAGAAGAUUCUAAUGAACGUGUUACAUUACAUCUCGCUCCACUUCCACCACCGACGUCAAACAAAUCCAUACGGUGAACUUCUUUUCUCCUGUGUGAUGCCUACCACCACAGAGUACACUUGUAUUACAGGAGUACUGUUUAAUGUUUUUUGGUGAAACGAAAUAUAAACCGAUAACCGUCACAUCACUGUUGGUCUGUGAGACCUGUCGGGGAAGAAAUAUGUACCAAACAAUAAGAAUUGAUAAUGCAAGGGCUGAAUAUGAAUAAAGGAACAGCUACUAGGAGACACGUGAGCACUAGCUAAGUGUUCCGGAAGGGUAACCGGUGACGUAUUCCGCUUCAACGGCGACGCCCUCCAUGUAAAUCUAGGUCAACCGAAGUUGUAGUAACAACACAACCACAAGGCAGCAGUCCGUUGUGUUACUAUUGUUUGUGAGAGUCCAUUACUGUAUACUAUUGUCACUUUGUGAAACCAUCCGGUCGAACGCAUUAAUAGGUACGAGACAAAAAACUUUGACAAUUUUUAACCGUUUGAAAUUUUCGCCGCUUUUUGCCGAGUACUGGCGACAUGAAGAGACAUCUCUCCGACAUGAAGAGACAUCUCUCCGACAUGCACAGAUAUGUGUUGGAGUCCUACCCGACACAUACAGAGUUGUGGCGAGUUAUAAUUCUCUACAUCUCGUGACUCGACCUCGUGACAGAGUGAAAGGGCCUUAAAUUAUAGCCGAUUGGAUGGCCAUUUUGAACAUUGUUAACACAUUUAGUUUACACGUACAUUCAAUUCUUUUAUUAUCGUAAUCAAUACAGUUUAUUGAUAUUGCAUUACAUGUAUUAUGCACAAUACAAUGUCAUACAAAGUCAAGUUCAAGCCAUACACUAAUAGGUAUAUUCACUCAUUUCAUUGACAAUUAUAUUAAAGAGGUGUGUCCUAAACCGCAGUCGAUUCAUACCUUCUAUAAUCACCCAGGUAUAUGUAACGCUUAACUUGUCCUCUGUCGGAUGAAAGUCACAGAGUACGUAUCGUACUACAGCCAAGGACACUUCACACAAAUAUUUCGCUGGCUGUGCUUUGUGAAUCCGUAUACAGUAAAUCUCUGAACUCGAUCGGCUAGUUUACAUGAACGUAUAAAGUAAUUCAAUAUGAGCUAACUCUUUACGAUAUAUCAUUCUUGAUUCAAGAUUCAAAUUGAUUAUUUAACAUUGCAUAUUUGUAAAUAUUAACACUGUUAUGCUUACGACAAACACUGCAUACAUGUACCUACAUAACAAGUAUAUAAAGAGAGUUGUGUUUUAUGUUUUAAUUCAAUGUUUAUCCUGUAUCAUUUCAGAAUCAACAUUCAUAUAUUUAAUCUAAUAUGGCAUGAUUAUAACGAUAGAUUUUCCCAUUGUUACGAAAAAUAUUGGAUAUGUAAUAGAGGUCAGUGUAUUUUCAAAUGCCUUGGAUAGGAGUCGAUCCCGGAACGUCUGUUUAACUAGCCUGACGCUCUACCGAAGGAGCCAAAGGAUGACACACGGGGUGACACACAUAUAUAUAACAAGUAUAACACAGUAUUGAAAAUUAAAGAUAGCUAGAUUAGAAAUAGCACACGUCAAUAACAGAAGGCAGGAAACACGCAGUAAUAGAUUGUCAAACAAGCCAACAAGUCCUCACAAACAUAUAGUCCUUAGAAUUCAAAUUAUAAAACGAGAUUUAUACAAUUAUACUAUUGAAUACUCGUAUACCAUGCAGUUUAUUGUUUGAAGGUUAGGGGUCAAACUAGUGUUGUGUAACUGUAUACACAAGGCUAAUACAGCCAAUGGGUAAAUAUUGACAGGAGAUACACUAACACAGUGUGAAUCACAAAGAGGGGCAAUGCUGCUUAUUGGAAUAAACUUUAUAUGGAUAAAAUAAUAAUUCAAGAGCAUGUAUAUGACUUCAUGCUGCGAAGAUGGCACAAGUUAAUUAAAAUAUAAAAACAAAACAAUACAAUCACACACACAAACAUAUAUGUGUCUAUGUAAACAUAAAAUAUACACAUACAAACAAUGAGAAAACAGGAAAAAAACACCAUUGUAAUUCUACCAAGAGGCCAAUGACCAUAUUAACUCGCGGAUGUUAGACAUUCUGAUGACCUAAGUCUACAACUGAAUGUAUCACGAAUAAUAUACGAUAACAUUGCUUUAUACUUAAUUGGCAAACGUGGAAGAACACUGACAAUGCUUAUAUUAUGGCAUCCUUUAUUCAACAUCUGGAAUGUACACAAUUAUAGUAACCGGUAACCUUUCCUAGCUCCGUACAUAAUUUGGAGCAUCUAAAAUGUAUCAAUUGUAUUCGAUCUUUUGAAGGGAGAGUACGCUAUACUACUCGUUAUUUAAGUUUUUUGUUGGUGUGGAGCUGUUUAUCACAGACAAACUUAUUAGUGCCAGCAUUGUAUCAUUAUAAAAAUAUAUGUUUGGCAACUCUAAAAAUAGAAAUAUGUGAACUCGAGCACACACUCAAAAUACAUCUAAUCGACUGUAGAGGGUUGAAACAAUGGCACGACAGGUUUACGUGUGAAGGGAGGUAAUUCCAUUAUAAAAACAUCAAGUUCUCUCCCUUGGAUGCUCAUCUUUUCAGUACAAGUAUACGAAACUAAAUGGCGAACAGAUCCAACAUUAACUCAAAUCGACCUGCCGAGGUUGACACAGUCUCCAGACUGUUGAUAUAGAAGAAUGUACAGACGCCUUAAUAUGCCAUUUUCUAACUGUUGAUAGCUAUUUUAUUUUUUGAUUUUGACAUUCCAAUGAUUUGGUUGCAGUGGUUCAUAAUGAUUUUAAA